GAAAGAAUCCCGGUGGGGAGAAGAUCAUCAGAUACUUGAAAAAGGAGUCUGAUCAGAAUAACCAAAUUCAGUUUUGGAAGUCGCUGAAUAGACUUCGUUAUUUGAGUGGUUAGCGGCGGAGUGAAGGAAUUUAGCUCCAAAAUAACCAAAUUUUAGGAGCCAAAUUAACCCAAGUUUACUAGGGAGGGUUUUUCACUAAUUUGUCGACUCAUCGGGAACCCCGCAAGAAGGAUGUCUCUUACUGAAAGAGAGAAUUCAGAUGAGCCUGAUUUCAGUUGGGGUAAAAAAUUUAGAGUUGGAGGCAAGAAGAAAGAUCUUCGGUUUUAUGAAUCAUUCACUUUUGAUGGUGUGGAGUAUACUUUGCAUGACUCUGUUUACCUGUACAACAAGCAAGAUGAGGAUCAUCCUUUUAUUGGUAAACUUAUAAAGAUUUGGCAGUGUGCGGAUAAGUCCAAGAGAGUUAGAGUUCAGUGGUUUUUUAGAGUUUCAGAGAUUUCUUAUUGGCUUCGGACUCACAAUGUGAACGCGUCGGAGAAUGAGCUUUUUUUUGCCGCUGGUGAAGGAGUGGGGCUUUCAAACGUUAAUCCUCUGGAAGCAAUUGUUGGCAAGUGCUCUGUUGUUUGCAUCUCAAGGGAUAGCCGAAAUCCACAACCUUCAGCAGAACAACUUCAAAUGGCUGAUUAUGUGUUUUACCGUACAUUUGAUGUUGGAAAAUUCAUCAUCUCAGAUAAGAUGGAUGAAAGGAUAGGCGGGCUAGAAGUUAAAUAUUUGUUUAACAAACAAGUGAAUGAGAUGAUCAUUGAUCAAACUGGUUUUAAAUCAAAAGAAGAGGAUAAUAGGAUUGCUGUGGUAUUUGAGGAACCCUUGCAGCUUUCAGAUAAACCUUUUGAUGGAUGUGAAGAAGAACAAGUACAGGACAGUAGGGAGCCUUCACAUGAGGUAAAUGUGGCAAAUAAUCCUGUAUCUGCUAAUGAGGCGAAGGUUCAAGAGCUAUUAGAAUCUGAUACUCAUAAUUUAGGUGGUAGGCCUUCUGAGAAAGUAAAGCCCGAUGAGAAAGCUAUUGUAUCAAAGGAAAAGGCCACGAUGCAGGGUGAGCAUACAACUUUGAGUCAAGAUAAUGUAAAGAUAUCAAAUGCUUCUUCGAAAGGAAAGAGGAAGCAUGAAGCCCCCAAAGAUCUCCUUGGGGUGAAGGAGGAUGCAAUGUUUGGCAAGGAUUCUUGCUCUCUGAAUGAUAGGCCUUCAAAGAUACCGAAGGUUGUAGGUUUGGAUAAGUUGCCUGAAGUUAAGAAAUUGAAUAAUGUAGUUCAGAAGUUGCCUGGGGUGCCUAUUGAUGCUAAAGGAAUUGGGGGAUUAAAGAAUACGGAUUCUAUUACAAACCAAGAAGAUUUAGAGAAUUCGACUGUUGGUUCUUUUGAAGAAUGGUUAAAUCCUGACAUUGUUAAGGAUCCGGCUGAGGCUACCAAAAUUAACUUUGUUAAGGAUUCUAGUUCUUUAGAAGAUAAAUCUUCCCCGAGACCGAAAGAUUUUGCUUAUUUGGAUGAUAGAAAACCUAAAAAAGCUAAGGUUGAGGAUUUUUCUCAGAGGUCUAAAGCUGAGAAAAAGAAUUGUGUAGAGAAACCGAGCGAUGGAGCUGAAGUAGAAGCUAACAAUCACAUGGAAAAGCCAAAAGAUGGAAGUUCUGAUGGUAAUAAAAGGAAAGCUAACAAUCACAUGGAGAAGGUAAGAGAUGGAAGUUCUAUUGAUAAUAAUCGGAAAACAAUGCUUGCUCAAAACUCUCCUAGGUCUAAUGAUGGGCCUUCAAAAGAAAAUUCCACUAGCAAGACUAAGAAGGUUAAAGCUUUGAAUGGGUUCGAAAAGGUCAAUACUAAGGAGAUACUUGAGCAAAAGGUUCAUCAUGAUCGCUUGAAUGAAGUUACAAGAAAUCUUAGUGGGGUGGACAAGAGCCAUCGGGAAAAUAUUAGCAAACAUACUCAAAGUCCUAAAGAAUUGGAUCACGAUCUAUCUAAUAAGAUGCGUGAUGAGAAGUUGAGGGAGCAUGCUAAAAGUCCUAAAGAAUUGGAUGACGAUCUAUCGAAUAAGAUGCGUGAUGAGAAGUUGAGGGAGCAUGCUAAAGUUUCGGUGGGGUGUGACGACCCAUCUAAGAAAAGGUUUAAUUCAAAUUUAAGUGAGCCAGCCGAAAGCUCUAUUGCUUUGAACAAAGCCCCUUAUUCUAGUGUUGAUGGAAGUGAGAAGGGCCCUUGUAAGGAGAAGCGUAGUGGGAAGAUGAGGUUACCUAUCAAUAAUUCUCUGGGCGAGGGCCCAAUUGAAGAGAAGCCUAUUGGGAGUAAAAGCAAGCCUACGAAAGCAUCUAUUGCUAUUCAUGAAGGCCUCUCAAAGAAAAAGCUUGAUACGAUUAGUGCUUGCUCGGAUUACAACUCUUGCAAAAUCUCUGAGGCAUGUCUUGAUGUAGGCAAGACUUAUGAAGUCUCUCGAAGGCCAAAUAAUGGGAAGGGAUGGUUCACAUCUAAUCAUUGGGAGAAUUUAAAAAAUGCGCAUGAUGAUGGGAGGGUAAUUCUGCUCCAGAAUUUAGACCCAGAACAUACAUCAGGGGAGGUUGAGGACAUUUUGUGGAGUGCAUUUAAGGAGAAAUGUACAGCGAAAAUGGUCCAACGUACUGCUUUUAGUUCUCCGCAUUAUGGUCAAGCUCUUGUUAUAUUAAGAACAAGAGAUGCUGCAGAGAGGGUUGUUGGGAAACUUAAUGAUGGGUGCUUAUUGAUAUCUAACCAAAGGGUCCUUGUUGGUAGCAUUGUGAAUCUUCCUCAACCAACAAAAAAGCGAGGUAAUUUUGUUGGCCAUUUGUUCACCAACAAGAUUAAACUUCAAAUGCAGAGAGAAAAGAAAGAUGCGCUAUCCACUUCUCACUUCUCUCAGCCUAACACAUUGGAAUACGAGUUGGCGAUGGAAUGGUGCUUAUUGCAAUCAAAAUGUGAUUUCUCUUGGGAAAAUUUGAACAAGCGUCAAGGCAAAGAGUUGUCCAAAUGCAUGGUUGAACUUAAGUCUGAUGCAAAGAACAAGAAAUAGAUGCAUGUAAUGCUGACUUAAGUGUCUGGAGAAAAGCAUGGCUCAUCCACCGUAAAGCUGAAUACCAGAUCAUGUAAGCUAAAUUGGUGUCACUCUAUCCUAUCUUGUAAGUUGCUGGUCUUGAGAUGGGUUCUCUUUCUUGUAAGUUGUUAGAAGCGUUUCUGUUGAUUGAUGAGCCUAUCAUCCAAACCCAGCUCUCGGGCAUUUGAGGUGCCAUUUUUGUUGCUUGUACAUAGUGUAGUUAUUCUCUCCACCCCC